AUGGCGCCUGAAGAUAUUGUACGCCCAGGUACUGAAACGAGCCGAACUGUGUUUGAACAAGGAUUUCGUAUCUGGACUACGCUUCGCACAUGUGCUCAACAAGAACCCAGCCUUCCUCAAACUUGUUUCCAGAUCCAGGAUGCAUUUCAACUAUUACCCCCCUUGGUCCAGGAUGUGGAUCUGAAGUGUAAGCAUAACAGCCUCUACGCGACAGGAACAUCGAUUUGGGGAACUUCGCAGGGACAGUGCAAGAUACCUGUUGUGGAAAAAAGACUUGAGCUACCGGUUUCUAUCAACCAUUCGACACGGCUUGCUCUCUCUGAAAGCAUACCGAAUUGUCAGAAAUGGUUUCAGCAGGAAGAAAAUCACCUUUCUGUGCUAAUAUUGGCAUGGAGCUAUAUAUUCUCGGCACGUUGGGUCGAGCUCAUACCCGGAGCAGAGCUGACUUAUACUGGGAAGCACGCGGAAUAUGGUAAUAGCAACGGAGACCGACAAACCCAAGUUGUGGUGGACGUAGGAGAUGUCGACAAUGAUGCAGCCAGAUGGUGGGCUGCUGUUUUGUCUCCUGAUGAGGGGUGGCAGGCUUACCUUACAUGGGAGCAAAGAAGAUUCCGAUCGCCUUGGUCAACUGCUUUGGAAACACGGGUGGACUUUACACUUGCCUGCCACAAACCUCUCUGCCAUGUAUCAACUACCGCACCUCCAUUCACCACUGCAGUUCGUUUUCUCGCAGAAUACUGUAAUCUCCACAAAAUUGUUGACCAAGCCCUAGCAGCGCUAUCCUCGACAUUGUUUCUUCCGACAUUGAAUAAAAAGGAAACUCCAAUACCACUCCCGAUACCCAAUUGCCAUAAGAGGAAAAGGCUGAAGCCGGCCAUAUCAGAGUCAAGUGAGCAGAAGGAAUUUGACUUUAUACUAACGCAGAUAGUGCCAGAGCUGGACAAACUUUUGACAUUGAGUUGCAACUCAUGGGGCCUACGCUCUCUUUUGUCAAGUGUAUUUUAUGAACCUGAGAUACCUUGCAAUGCUGUAAGCCCAUGGCUGCAGUCUGUGUUCGCUAUUCUUGACUCUGUGAAAGAUGACCAUCUACUUGCCCAUAUCCUAAUGAACCGAGUCCCGCGAAUUUCUUUCCUUUGGCUUGGAAGUAUAAUUGUGGGUUUUCACAAAAAUAUCCUCCAAGAUUGUCGAUUCGGUCUAAUACCGGUUGAACUCCAUGCUGCAUCAUGGUGUGGUGUCACACAGUCGUUUUUACAGGCACCCGUCUCCCAACCUCUAAUAGCAAAUGGGGAUAUUUUACGAUCAGAUGAAUGCCGACUUCUCUAUCUGACCCAAGCAGAGGGGCACAGUCGGUGGCCGGUGUCUCCCUGGAUGCCUUUUGGCACCACGACACUAGAAGAUACUGAAAUCGAGGUUCGUCUGCAUGCACAAUGUGUUGACCAUAGCCUUCAAUAUUCGGGUUGGCAUUGGACUUGCGGAAAGGGUAAACUGUUACACCCAAUGUGCGUUGAGAGCACUACAUUUGCCCAUCCACCGGCACGACACCUGGCAAUAAGUACGCCCAUCAGAUACGAAGCUUUGAAUCUCGAGGAAGAAUCAGCAUCAGAAAAUGCUACACGGAAUAUCUUUGGCUGGCUCCGAAUUGAUGGAUAUCCCCCACGGGAAAGAGCAAUAAGCAACCACGAGUGGUUCAACCUUGAUGAAUCUGAUAAUGAAUCAGCACCACUGAAUGAGUCACCAAAGAGCCAUACAGUCCCAACACCAAAAGUUGCGGUGGAAGAAUGGAUACAACAGAGCAUUCUGAUACCUAACGCCCGUUAA